AGCACGUGGGUUGCGUUGUUGUUGAACCAGCAUGGCGGAAAAGAAUGUGUGCUGCAAGUUCGGAGGUAAAUAGAAUACGCAUCAUUUUAAGAUGAAGAAGAUUUUGUCAAAGGUCGAUAACCGCAAAAGAAAACGAUCUUCAUCGGGAAAUGAAGCAUCACUACUGAAGAUAAAGAGAAAGGAUGCUAAUGCUAGUGAUAGCAAACUGUCCAAAGUUGAUGACGAUAAUGUUGGUGAAGAUGGUAGGGACCUAGAAAAUGUCCCAGGAAACGAAGGGAUUUGUAACAGAAAGAAAGAAGAAGAGUCAGGAUUUGAAAAUGUUGUUAAGAUGCUGAAACUGCCCCAAAGCAGAAAUGCAGGCUUGAAGAAAUUUAGUGAAAUUUGCAGAAAAGAUAAUGAAAAUGUCAGGCAAAGUAUCAGAACAUAUUUACUGUCCUCCCCAGAAUUGAAGGAUUUAUUUAAUCUUCUUGAAGGAGAAGAAAGGCCAUCAGAUCAGGAGGCAAAAUUGAUAUGGAAUGCCUUUGAAAGCAUUCUUCUUCUUACAUCAAAUUCUGAAAAAUCCCUACAAGAUAUUGGAAUGUACAUUGUAAACAAGAUUCUCAGCAAAUACUUGAAGAUGUUAUACUCCGCAAUAAGUUUAUCAAGCCCUCAUGACGUCACCAAGUCAGUGCUGAAACUUUUGACUUCCUUUGUUGCUCAAGGAAGGAAUGGUGCGGCUGAAGUCUUGAAUACUUUUGAUUUUGGUUUAAAAGGACUUGAAGGUGUCUCAAAGAAAAGAGACAACAAGGCCAAAAUAGAUGUGAGAACAUGCUAUCUCCAAUUCUACUUGUCUUUUUUCAUUUUUGGUGACCAAAAUAUAAUCAAAGAUCUUCUGUCAGUACCAGUGUUUACAAAUGGUGUUGUCAAUGGCCUUAUGAAGGACUCUCUUCCAAUGGUUCAUCUUGUUCUUUCAACGUUAAAUGAAAAGGUUGUAAAGAAUGAGAAAUUGCUUAAAAAGACAAAGAUUGCGUUAUUCAAUGCCCAUACACUCAGCCAAUUAACGCAACUGUUUGUCAAUUUGAAAAAUCAAGACAACGAGAAAACAUCAGCACUGCGAAACGAAAUACAAAAUCUUAUUAUACAGAUGCUUAAUACCCUUUGUACAGACGCAGAACUUGGAAUUUUAUUUACUAAAAAUGAAGGAAAUUUAGCAGCAAGGUCAAAUAAUCCCAUCUUGUUAAAUUUUCUGCGAUCGAUUCAAAAGUUAGCAGUUUCAGAUCCAGAAUUAAGAGGUUUGACUUCGAAGACACUGGCAAAAGCACCUGAUCUUGUUUUGCCAUACACAUCGCGUCUAAAUUUGAACCUGGAGCCAAGAGAUUCUGAUCCUUGGCUAAAUAGCAUGGGCUUUCUCAUUGAGGUUUGGACCCAGCUUCCGUCUUUUGAAGGCCUGUUUGAUGAUUUGAAAUCGAAGAAAUCCGUACAAUUAAUUAUUGGCCUUGUAAUCCCAAGCGUGUUUGGCAAACAGUAUUUGACAAAUGGACUCAAGCACAAAUCUUUGAUAGUCAAGCAAAAAACAGCCGAACUCUUAAAAGUAUGUCUACAAAGAGGGACAUUGGCCAGCAAAUAUAUCAGCCAACAGGAGCAUUUACAAAAGCAAAUGGUAACUGGUAUCUUUGAGAUGUUUUGUGAAGGAAUAUUGAGUCAUUUACCAGAUGUUAGAGUGUUUAUAGCUUGCAUGGAACAUAGCGGACCAACAGAUUCCAAAAAUGCAAGUGCGGAGAAAUCAACUGCUGGAAACAACGGAUUAACUGGCCUUAAACCAGGGAUACAAGAAGAUGAUUUUCAAAAUUCAGUUAUCCAAAUCAUGCUUUGCAUACAACAAUUGCAACCGGGAAUAUUCAGUUCUGCAGACUACAGUGUGUGUAAACUGUUUAAAAACGAAAAUCUGGAUAUGUUUUUGCAGUCGGAGAGACUCUCUGUUGCCUUGGAGAUUGCGUCCCUGGAGCCUGUUGGAAAUCUCAAGUGGUUUGGCAAAAAAUCUGAUCUUUUCCAAAAUGCAUUGAGGACAAUAUACAUCGCAUUUGCUGAGUCAGCUUCAUUAAAAAUUAAAAAUGCAAGCCGAAAGUUGAUCAAACAGUUGAUUUUUGCAAGUGGAUCGAUAACUGAAAACAUCGAUGAAAUUGAAGUUUGGUUGGAUGCCUUUGCAAAGGCAUCUGAAGUGACAGAAGACAGAAUGAUUGCAAGCUUCUUUCAAAAGAUGUGUGCUUCGGUAUCUCAAGAUUUGUAUUACAUCACAGAUGAGAUCUUAGAAUGUGCCACCGCCAAUACCGCUUGUGAAGAAUCAACGGAAACAGGCGUGUUGCAGUCAGAUGUUCAUGCGAGCAACUACAGCAUUGGUUUCACGCCACUGGUGGUUGCAGCUGCACGCAAUUUCACCAAACACUGGUUGAAUGAAAACGAAUCAGUCCUAAUGUCAGUUUCAAAGUUCGUUUCCUUCGUUCUCAUGGAAGUUUUGAUGUCCCAAGAGAAUCCAAUCACACUUUUGAGGAUUAUAAAGAAGUAUGUGAGUGUCUUAAGGGAGAAUGACAAUGCCGCCAAUUCUGGCUGGCUUACUCACUGGUUGGAACUUGAGAACUUUGCUUGCUACUGGUGCUCAGAUUGGAACGAAACAAUUCGACAAUCUUCACAAUCCUUCAGCAAGUGUACAACUGGACCGUUGGUUAACAGCACAGCUGCCAUUUUGAGGAGCAAGCUGCCUUUUUCAACCGACGAAUUUACUAGCAAUUCCCACACUGCCUCGUUUUUAAUAGUUGAAAUCACAAAGGUACUCAAGGAUACCCCUACAUCGUACGUUUGUGACGUCAUAGGUAGAAGUACCAGAGUCGUUCUGGUUGUUUUGAGAAAAUCGUGCGGCUUACGUUCAAAUGGCGUGAGCUCCUUUGCUCUGAUUUUAUUAAAGAAAAUAUUAUUGGUUUUAAUGGAAAGACUACCAGAAGUAAGAGAAUAUGAGAUGGGCGAAGGUAAAGAAAAGAAAAUAAAUUCAUUUGAAGAGGUUUUUCAAGUUGUAUUCAAUGAUGCAGUUGUGAAAAAAUUGUUUUUGGACUGCAAAAGAGUCGUAGAUGCAACGAUUGUUACUGAGAUAAUGGAGCUAACCUUGGGAAAUGCAAAAUCGGCUCGUUUGAUGACUUUUUUGGGGCCUUACUUUGCUCAAUUGUCAACGUCUGUCUUAAAAGCUGUAAAGUCUUUCCAGGAGCAUCCAUUUAAUGUCGAAGGCAAACCCAACAAGCUCGUCUUCAUGAGUCUUGACAUCAUGGCGAAUCAUAUGCUGAACAGUGAUCGGAAUGAUUUGCUUUCGGGCUUGCUUAACUUGCUACUCGACUGUGAUUUAGAAGCUAGCGUUCUAGAAGAUUCUGGAAUGAUUCAUGCAAUCAGGCUGCUUUUGGAUAUCAGACUCGACAAAACGGUUAAUCUCGAUGAACCUAGAGUUUAUUCUUCAAAGUCAGUUACAAUGAAAGAUAGUUUGAGCGAGGUUGGAGAUGCAAGAAAAUUGGAUAGUAUAGAAAUCACUGCAAAAGGCAUUGCUGCGUUGUUCACCCUCCUUGAAAAUUAUGACAAUUCUGAUUUACAGGGAGCCAUCUUAUCAUUGCUAGAAGCCGACAACCUUAACACAUAUUUGGCGCCAAUUUCAAUUGUUGACUUUUGUCUAAGAUCUGGCUCUGGAACUUCUAUUAAGAUUUUGGAACUACUUUGUCAAAGCUCUGUGGUCCAUGCUAGCAUUAUUCGACGAAAACUGAUCAGCAAUCGGGAGUUGUUUACUUUGUCGUCGCUGGUACACAUACUCCACACUCUGCUGUCCAAAGGUUGCAGGGAAGGUGAAAAAAGAGAAAAACUUUUCAUUCAAGUGGUGAGCGUGCAAGACUUGAUGCCGUUAAUAGCAAACCCAGAAGACUUUCCGCAAGUUGCUGAUCAUGAAGUGAAGAUGGCAUUGGAAAUUGUUGCUUCCUCAAUUGGAGACAGAGAAGCGUUAUCUGCAAUACUGGUGAAAGGGCUGCGAAAACUUACCAGAUCUCCAAAGAUCUCUUCACAUUGCAGCUAUCAAAUCCAGUUAUUUCAAGAUGUUUGUGUCCCAGAGGAAGCAAGUAAAAGCGCGUCAAAACUGAUUAUGGAGGCUUUGAUAUAUUUGAUGAAAAUAUGGGAACGCACGCUGUCUUUAAAAGACUCUGAAGAAUCACUGGAGCAAUCAAUAUGCGGCUGUAUAAACAAACUUUGCAAUUCGUUGCAGAAAGGAACGAUAUCGAAGUUGAAGGACUACACUCUCGAACAGGUCAUCAAGAACUGGUCAACCCUGCUCCCUUCGUGCCUCAAGCGUCGCAUUGGCCAUCCAGAGUCCAUGGUGACAGUAAAGAACCUAUGAAUCUCUUGUAUUCUAUGAAGAGUUUCAAUGGGCAAUCGUCUCUGACGCUGGAAAACAUUUAUCAAUAUGUCCUAAGUCAUUCUCAGUUCCUCUCAAUUCUUUUUCAAGAAGACCUUCACGGCAAAAGC